UCGAUCGAAAAGUUUCUGGAUUGAAGUGUGUUGCACUGACGAUUAAAAUAUCUGGACCUUCAAGGGGAUGACAGAAAGCAAGCCGAGGAUAAUGAUAUCGAUGAUGUGAAGACAGUGUUUUCUUAAAGAACCAUAAACCCUCUACGAAUAUGGCUCGUAUGGAUAAAAUACUUGCUAAUUAAAAAAUGGAUAUCCAAAAAAGCACUCCGGUCAUGGACACAGCACAAACGACCUUUGACCCUCGAAUAACAGAGGAACUGGACAGUAAGCCUCACUUCCGGUCUCUUUGGCGGGAAAAUUGGGUGUCGGUUUUGACAGAUUGUCUGGUGUUUGGAAGUUUCGGAAUGGGUGUGGCAAUACUUGGACCUACAUUGUUUGACCUUGGGUGUCAGACAAGCGCCAGUUUACGGGAGCUUCAAUGGGUUUUCUUUGUACAGCUUCUCUUAACCUUAGUGGGCUCAGUUUCAGCCGGGUGUCUCGCACAACGAUUUGUCCCUGUCCAUGUGCUAAUGUUGAUUGGUAUGAUUGGUCUCCCCUUCACCACGCUGUUAGUUCCCGCCUGUACAGAGUUUGGAGAACUCCUGGUGAACCUGAUGCUAAUGGGAUGGUGUAUGGGGUGUAUAGACUGUGUCGCCAACCUCAGAAUGAUUCUCAGAUUUGGAACAAAUGUCUCUCCAUUUCUGCAGGCUAUGCACUUUUGUUACGGUCUUGGAGCAUUCAUUAGUCCCAUGAUAGCAGCACCAUUUACACUUGAUGUGGAUUGCUCACAGCCAAUGCAUGGCAAAUUAACAAAAGACUUUGUAACUACAUCGAAUUAUAGCCAAUCCGAGGUCACAACACAACCUACAGUGUCACGUGCUCAACAUCUUAGCCACUCAGAAAGGGCUUUCUUUAUUCUGGCUAGUAUCCAAUUUUUCUUUACAGCUAUUGUGAUAGUGGUGAUUAUCUUAGAGAAGAAGCAUAUUAUAUCUUCAGGAGCAGCUGUUUCCCAGUCGGCCAGUUUGGCUUCAGUUCGCUCUGAAUCAUCAGAUCAAAAUAUGAGAGAUAUAAGUGGACAAACCUACUGUUUCUGCUUUGGAACAAGAGAAAUCGUGGUAAUUAUUCUAAUUACUUCAGCAUCCUUGUUCUUCUACGAUGGAUUGCAGUCCUCCUACGCUGACUAUAUAUAUUCAUUUGCCGUAAAAAAUGUGAAAGGUCUUCACAAAGGAGAGGGAGCUUAUUUAAACGCUUGUUUCUGGGGAACAUUUGCCCUAGGCCGACUAAUUGCCAUUCCGUGUGCCACAAGACUGACUGCUGCCUUUAUGCUCACCUGUAACUUAGGAGGAUGUAUUCUUGCUCUUUUAUUCACACUAAUAUUUCGAGGCAACCAUGUUGUAGCAUACUUUGGCACAUGCGUAUUUGGACUCUUUCUAAGCAGCAUGUCGCCAACCAUUAUGUCACUGACGGAACAAUUUAUUGACAUCAAUGCUCCAAUAGCGUCAUGUCUGGUAGUUAGUGCGGCCCUUGGUGAAACACUCUGUCCAGUGAUUGUAGGCAACCUUUUUGUAGCAGCUGGCCCCCCAAGUUUCCUAGUAUUCUGUUUUGUGAUCGCCGUACUAUCAGGAAUUCUGUUUGGUGCUCUUUACUUUUUUGGCAGAAAUACUCCAAAAUACAGAGGACUGAAGCCAGGAUCCUUUAUCUGGAUAACAAAGUUCGGAAACCCCAAGGAAGAAACGAAUCCAUUUAAACCCAUAUCUGUCAGAUAUUAUUCAGAAAAGGAUGAAUAUAAAAGGCAUUCCCCAGAAGGGGAAAUAUCAGAAUUUCCAAAGAAUUUCAAUGAAAAUGAGAAACAAUAAUGACAAGGUUGUUUUUUUUUCAUUUUAUGAAGAAUCGACUGCAUGUGCAUGUAAAAAAAACCGUGUUGAUGUGCAUGGAUUCUACCAUCUCAGAAGAGAUUUCAAACACUUUGAUAUUCCAUUGAGGAAUUAUUAAACAGUAAUGAAAGACAAAAUAAAAAAAAAACAGACCAAGUAAUUAUUUUGUUUGAAUUUUUAUACUUAGAAAAUUAAUAAGAUCGACAUGUUUUUCUCCCUGAAUUGUUAGCAGUGAUUUUUGAACAUUGAGAUAUUUGGAGACAAAUGCAA